CGGCAGGCGGAGGAGAAGGCAGACGGAGCUCAGCGGGAAUCGACCCCACGACCCGUUGAAGUAAAGCUUUGGUGAGCGGAAGGCUUCAGGCUGCGCAGGAGGAGAAGGUGAGCGUCUCCAUGGCGACAGGUGUGUGCGCCCUGCUGACUGUGUGGCUCGCCGUGUGCGUGGCGUCCAACCUCGACACGGCGUUCCCACUGCUGAAGACGGGCGGAGACGGAAGUCUGUUCGGACUGUCUGUGGCUCUGCACCAGGACCUGAAGACAGACCGUUACCUGCUAUUGGUCGGAGCUCCAAGGGAGAAGGCGGAGCCUAAUGUUCCAGCCAAUCUCACAGGAGGAGUGUACAGCUGCCCAGUCACCGCUGACCAAUCAGACUGCAGCAGGAUGCAGCUCAUAGGCUCAGAUCUGAACCCGACGGAGGACCUGGCUGAGGACAUGUGGCUCGGCGUCUCAGUAGGCAGUCAGGGCCGACCCGGGGGGAGGGUCCUGGCGUGUGGUCAUCGAUUCGCCAAACUCUACGGCGAGUCUAAGCUCAGACACAUGAUUGGCCGGUGUUAUAUCCGUGGAAACGACCUGCAGUACGACGACGCAGACAUGCACUGGCAGAACCCCGACCAGCCCUGCAGUCACCUGAAUGAUGUCAGCGGUGAGUCCAUGUGCACCAUGGGGAUUUCUGCCGCCAUCACUCAGACGGAGGUCAUCGUCGGCUCACCUGGAAGCUUCGAUUGGCAAGGUAACGUCCACGUCUCCUGGAUGAAUCCAACUAUGGAAUUUGACACCGAGAGGAGCUCCUUCCCCAACCUGGGAACCAGGAACAUUUACAUAGGAUAUUCGGUGACUCAGGCUCGCCGUCUCCUCUCUCAGGAUAAGGAAACCAUAAUAACCGGAGCUCCAAAGGACAGUAAGGAAGACGCCCGUGGCUCUGUGCUGCUGGCGGCGAAGCUAUCUGAUAAACUGCAUAUUCAGCAGACGCUGCGCGGCGAGCAGACAGGCUCGUACUUCGGGAACGCCGUGGCAACCACCGACCUCAACAAUGACGGGUGGACCGACCUGCUGGUGGGCGCUCCUUUUUACUUCCAGCGUCAGCAGGAGGCGGGCGGGGCAGUUUACGUUUACAUGAACUCGGGAGGUCGGCUUGAUCCACGGCCCAGCAUGGUGCUGAAAGGACCGGCGGGGUCGGCCUUCGGUAUGUCUGUUGCUGCCACUGGAGACCUGAACCAGGACGGCUUCCAGGACUUUGCAGUCGGUGCUCCUUUCCAUGAAACAGGAAGUGUGAUGAUCUGGAGCGGGAGCAGCGAGGGGGUCUCUACAGAACCGAGCCAGGUGAUCCGGGGCAGCAGGGUCUCUCCUGGGUUCAGGACCUUCGGGUACUCUCUGUCUGGAGCUGUGGAUGUUGACGGGAACAAAUACCCAGACCUGCUGGUCGGCUCUCUGGACGACACCGUGGUUCUGCUCAGAACUCGGCCAGUCAUUCACCUCAAUAAAACCCUCAGAGUUUCUCCGGAUGUCGCCGACCCGAACAGCUGUGACUUCUGUAUUCAGGUGGAGGUGUGUUUCUCCUACAUCUUCAGCACCGGAGAGAAGAGCGACAGAGACAACAUCACCGUCCACUACACGGUGACCGCCGACGAGUCCCGCCUCCUCAAAUCCCGCCUCCGUUUCCGUGACAACGGGCAGAGCGUCUACUCUGGUUACCUGUCGAUGCCAAAAAAGCAGUGUGAAACCCUGAGAGUCGGACUGCUGAGUUCGAUCCGAGACAAAGUGGAACCUUUGGUAUUCUCCCUAAACGUCUCUUUGUAUGAGAAGCUUCCCAAGAAAAGAAACACUGUCCAGGACCUGAAACGAUUUCCCGUGCUGAGCCAGACCCCUCGACCCAUUAGAACCCAGAUCCACAUCCAGAAGGCCUGUGGUUCUGAUAACCGUUGCCAUAGUAACCUGCAGAUGACGGCCCAGUUCACAGAUGAGAACCAGAAUCCCUUCCCCAUGAAGAAGGACAGUCAGUUUUUUUACUACAAAGGCGGCGUUAACCGAUUGUUUCUGGAGGUUAACGUCAGCAACACACCGUCACCAGGCCGACAAGCAGAAGAUGCUCACAACGCUGUUUUGAACGUUAGCAUCCCACCAUCACUCAUAUACUCCGGAGUCCGAACAAAGGGUGACAUCCAGGCGAAGGUGGAGUGUUCUGUUGUGAAUGCCGUUCUUCAGUGUCAGCUGGGGAACCCAUUCAAAAGCAACCAGAAGGUUCAGGUGUUGAUCAUAUUUCAGCCGGAUGAGAUCAGUUUAGACACCAGAGAGAUUCAGUCUCAGCUGCAGUUGUCCACGCUCAGUGAGCAGUCAGACCUUUCUCCUGUCUCUGUCUCCAUGUUGGUAGAGUAUUCACUGCACACUUCUCUCCAUCUAAUCAGUCCACCAGGCCCCGUGGCCUUCAGUGGUCAUGUGAUCGGUGAGUCGGCCAUGGUGAAGACGGCGGAUGUCGGCAGUCUGCUGCUCUUCACUUUGCAGGUGCACAUCAGCGGGAAGCCACUGGGUCGCCUAGGCAACCUUGAGGUGGAGUUUGAUUGGCCGAGGGAGGUGUCCAAUGGGAAGUGGCUGCUGUACCUCACAGAGAUCCAAGUAAACGGCACAUCAGAGCCUCACUGUGCUCCGCCCCCCGACAUCAUCAACCCCCUCAAACUCAGGCUGUCAAAGGAGGAGGGGAAGGAGAAGAAGAAGAGGAGUCUGGAGGAGGAGCAGGUAAAGGAGAAGAAGGAGGAGCAGACUGAAAAAGCUCUACCUGUCCACCACCUGCAGGGACAGAAGAAGAAGUCCUACACUCUGGGCUGUGGCCACGGGGCUAAAUGUGUGACGUUCGUCUGCCCGCUGGUCAACAUGAACAACUCGGCGACUCUGACAGUCAGAGCCAGACUGUGGAACUCCACCAUGAUCGAGGACUACAGCGAUGCGAGGAAUGUGCUGGUUCGAGGCCGGGUGACUCUGAAACUGCAGACCAACAAACCCACCAUCCACAUGGAGUCUCACGGCACAGAGAUUGAGGUCCACGUUUAUCCGGACCUAGGGCAGCAGGAGGAGUCCAGUGCCCCCCUGUGGAUCAUUGUGGUGUCUGUCCUGGCUGGAGUGUCCCUGCUGGCUCUGAUCUGCCUGCUGCUCUGGAAGUGUGGCUUCUUCAGGAGAGCCAGCACCAGAGAGCUGUACGAGGCCAAGACCCAGAAAGCCCACAUGAAGAGCCAGCCGUCUGAGCACGAGAGGCUGGAAGAGGAGAUCUGAGUCUGGGCAGGCUGCUGCCAGAGAGCCCUGCUUGUGGGUUCUUUGUUCGUCAGAGGGCGUGGCGGGCCGCGGCGCUCCACCAGGGGAGGAUUGUGGGUAAAGACGAGCAGCAGCAGCAGCAUACAGACACCGAUGGUUUCCUGAUCCAGGACGGCGUCUCCUCGUCCAGAAACAGGAAGUCACCUAGACAUUGGGUCACCUCCUGGACUGAGACACACUGAGAGACUGACGGCCUCCAUGGAAACGCAUCCUGAACUGUACCAGACCGGACCGACACUUCCUGUAACGGACCAAACCGGACUGUGACAUCCUGAACUGGACUAAACCGGACUGAGACAUUCUGAACCGUACAAAACCGGACCGAGACUUCCUGUAACGGACCAAACCGGACUGUGACAUCCUGAACUGGACUAAACCGGACUGAGACAUCCUGAACCGAACAAAACCGGGCAGAGACUUCCUGUAAGGGACCAAACCGGGCCGAGACUUCCUGAACUGGACUAAACCGGGCCGAGACAUCCUGAACUGGACUAAACCGGACUGAGACAUCCUGAACUGGACCAAACCGGGCCGAGACAUCCUGAACUGGACUAAACCGGACUGAGACAUUCUGAACCGAACAAAACCGGGCCGAGACUUCCUGUAAGGGACCAAACUGGACUGAGACAUCCUGAACUGGACCAAACCAGGCCGAGACAUCCUGAACUGGACUAAACCGGGCCGAGACAUCCUGAACUGGACCAAACCGGACUGAGACAUUCUGAACCGAACAAAACCGGACCGAGACUUCCUGUAAGGGACCAAACCAGACUGAGACAUCCUGAACUGGACCAAACCGGGCCGAGACUUCCUGAACUGGACCAAACCGGGCCGAGACAUCCUGAACCGGACCAAACUGGACUGAGACAUCCUGAACUGGACCAAACCAGACUGAGACAUCCUGAACUGGACCAAACCGGGCCGAGACAUCCUGAACUGGACCAAACCGGGCCGAGACUUCCUGUAAGGGACCAAACCGGACUGAGACUUCCUGUAAGGGACCAAACUGGACUGAGACAUCCUGAACUGGACUAAACCGGACUGAGACAUCCUGAACUGGACCAAACCGGGCCGAGACAUCCUGAACUGGACCAAACCGGACUGAGACAUUCUGAACCGAACAAAACCGGACCGAGACUUCCUGUAAGGGACCAAACUGGACUGAGACAUCCUGAACUGGACCAAACCAGA